UUCACGCACUUCGUCUCCUGUCGCCGAAGGAGCCGCCGCGAAAGCGCACCUCCCACUACUCUGCCCUCGCUCUAUCGCCUCGCUUCGCCGUUUCGUCCGCCGAAAUGCCUCGCGGAGACCGGGAGAGCGACUGGAGGGAAAAAGAGCAGUUCCGUAAACUGUUCAUUGGUGGCUUAAGCUUUGAGACAACAGAAGAAAGUCUGAGAAACUACUAUGAACAAUGGGGCAAGCUAACAGAUUGUGUGGUAAUGAGAGACCCUGCAAGCAAACGUUCACGAGGAUUUGGGUUUGUGACAUUCUCUUCCAUGGCUGAAGUUGAUGCAGCCAUGGCUGCCAGGCCUCAUUCAAUUGAUGGAAGAGUUGUUGAGCCUAAAAGAGCUGUAGCCCGAGAGGAAUCUGGAAAACCUGGAGCUCAUGUGACUGUCAAAAAGUUAUUUGUUGGUGGAAUUAAAGAAGAUACUGAGGAACAUCACCUCAGAGACUACUUCUCGGAAUAUGGAAAGAUAGACACAAUUGAAAUAAUUACAGACAGGCAAUCUGGCAAGAAGAGAGGCUUUGGAUUUGUAACUUUUGAUGACCAUGAUCCUGUUGACAAGAUUGUGUUGCAAAAAUACCACACAAUCAAUGGUCACAACGCAGAAGUAAGGAAAGCUUUAUCUAGACAAGAAAUGCAGGAAGUCCAGAGUUCAAGGAGUGGACGAGGAGGGAAUUUUGGUUUUGGAGACUCACGUGGAGGUGGUGGAAACUUUGGACCAGGACCAGGAAGUAACUUCCGUGGUGGAUCUGAUGGCUAUGGAGGUGGCCGCGGUUUUGGUGAUGGAUACAAUGGAUAUGGUGGAGGACCAGGAGGUGGCAAUUUUGGAGGCAGUCCUGGAUAUGGAGGAGGAAGAGGAGGCUAUGGUGGUGGAGGGCCUGGAUAUGGCAAUCAGGGCGGGGGCUAUGGAGGCGGCUAUGACAACUAUGGAGGAGGCAAUUAUGGAGGAGGAAAUUACAAUGACUUUGGAAACUACAACCAGCAGCCCUCAAACUAUGGUCCAAUGAAGAGUGGAAAUUUUGGUGGAAGUAGGAACAUGGGAGGGCCAUAUGGUGGAGGAAACUAUGGUCCUGGAGGAAGUGGAGGAAGUGGGGGAUAUGGAGGGAGGAGUCGUUACUGAACAUCUGAAAGCUUUUCAUGGGCUUCACUGUAUAAAUAGGAGAGGAUGAGCCCAGAGGUAACAGAACAGCUUCAGGUUUUCGAAAUAACAAUGUUAAGGAAACACUUAUCUCAGUCAUGCAUAAAUAUGCAGUGAUAUGGCAGAAGACACCAGAGCAGAUGCAGAGAGCCAUUUUGUGAAUGGAUUGGAUUAUUUAAUAACAUACCUUACCGUGGAGGAAGGAUUGUAAAAAUGCCUUUGAGACAGUUUCUUAGCUUUUUAAUUGUUGUUUCUUUUUAGUGGUCUUUGUAAGAGUGUAGAAGCAUUCCUUUGAUAAUGUUAAAUUUGUAAGUUUCAGGUGACAUGUGAAACCUUUUUUAAAAAAAAUUCUCAAAGUUUUGAAAAGCUAUUAGCCAGGAUCAUGGUGUAAUAAGACAUAACGUUUUCCUUUUAAAAUUUUAAGUGCGUGUGUAGAGUUAAGAAGCUGUUGUACAUUUAUGAUUUAAUAAAAUAAUUCUAAAGGAAA